AUGAAGGCUGAAGCUGAGAGCAUUCUUAAAUGGUCUUUAACUCCAACUAUGUCUUCUUCUUCUUCUUCUCCCAUUAGCAGUGUUAUUAAUAAUAACCCUUCACACCCAUCUCAAUCAAGAGCUGUUCACCUUCGUUGUUUCGGUUCUCAUCAGCUUCCAGAGAAAAGCCUGAAAACGCCAAUGGUUAGGUCUUACGUUCGAUCAAAAAGGCCUCGGCUUCGUUGGACACCAGAUCUCCAUCGUUGCUUCGUGCAUGCAGUUCAAAGGCUAGGAGGAGAAGAAAGGGCAACGCCAAAAAUGAUUUUACAACUAAUGAAUGUGAAGGGGCUUACUAUACUUCAUGUUAAAAGCCACCUUCAGAUGUACAGAAGCAUGAAGCAAGAGCGGGAGAGUCAAGCAAAGAAGAAUGAUAAGGCACCAGUUGUAGCUUCCACAUUCUCCUCAACUUUUGACUCAAGCUACGGCCAACAGAAUCCUCAGCAAGUGAGCUGCGCAACUCAUUAUACAGAAGAGCUUGCUCGCACCCAAGCUCAAUGGAAUCAUCAUGAGCAGGAGGAGUCUUACAAUAAUAACAACGGAGGUGAAUCGAUUAUGGUGUGUAACGGAGAUGAACAGAAGAAGAUGCACAACUACAUAAUCUUCGAGGAUCUUCUAAGAAACCAGAGCACCCAAGAGAACAAAAGUCCUCCUAAAAAGAUUUCACUAGGGCCUGCUGAUUACAAAAGCGACCAUAAAAGAUUCGAAGAUAUAACUGCCAUAGGAGAGAGAGCGAAUGAAGACAUACUGUCCCUGUCACUGAGCUCAAGAGGUUUACAUCCAUUCUUGAACCGGAGCGACCCUAGUCUAUAUGCAAAUGAUGUCUCUCUUGAACUCAAGCUCGCUUAA